CCCAUCACGCCUGUGACAGCAUUUGUCAACAACAUUCAAGUCAAGACACUCCAAAAUGGCGGAUCGUGAAGAGGACCCAGAGAAUGAGGACACAUAUGAGGUGGUCGACCUGACACAAUAUGCUAGGCGUCAACAAUGGUGGGGCUGCCUAUUUGGUGGGAACAAUUCGGGUCCUAUGGCUGAGAAGUAUUCGGUGGCCACACAAAUAGCACUGGGUGGUGUGAGUGGCUGGUGUGCGGGAUAUCUUUUCCAGAAGGUGGGGAAGAUCGCAGCCACCGCUGUGGGUGGAGGAUUCCUGUUGUUACAGAUAGCCAACCACAGUGGCUAUGUGCAGGUGGACUGGAAGAGAGUGGAGAAGGAUGUCAACAAAGCCAAGAGGCACCUGAAGAAGAAAGCCGACAGGGCUGUACCAGAGCUCAACUCUUUUAUCGACCAGUCCACAGAGUUUGUGAAGACAAACAUGAUCGUCACCAGUGGAUUCUUUGGAGGCUUCUUGCUUGGGCUGGCAUCCUAAGAACACCACAGGGGCCUGCAGUUUUAGAUAAGAAUCACUUGAGAGGUCUGGCUGUGAAGUGAAAUGCCCUUUUAAAAACGUGGUGGGAACAACAAGAACAGAUGCACAGCACAAUAUAUCAAAUUGAGCCAAUUACACAACCCGCAAAAAAAGGUAAUGUAGUUUGUAAAUACUCUGUAAUGUGUACUUACUAUGCUGUUUCACAAUACCUACCUGUCUAUCUACCAUGUAAUUGCAUGGUUUUAGCACCACCUGAUAGAAACUGGAAACAAGAUCUCCUGCUGCUCCACCAAAUAAACAAAACCGUGUUUCUAGCUAGGAUUUUAGCCCCCAACUCAAGGCAAUUGGGUACAACCCAAAACCGUGUUUCUAGCUAGGCUUUAGCCCCCAACUCAAGGCAAUUGGGUACAACCCAAAACCGUGUUUCUAGCUAGGCUUUAGCCCCCAACUCGAGGCAAUUGGGUACAACCCAAAACCGUGUUUCUAGCUAGGCUUUAGCCCCCAACUCAAGGCAAUUGGGUACAACCCAAAAGGAACUAGCCAGUGGGUCCUGUGGGAAACGCUGGUCUACAAAACAGUUAUUAAUCAAAAUGCGCUAAGAGCACACAGGUGUUGCGAACCUGUAGAUGGGAUCCGGUGUUCCUGGCUCACUCUGAUUCAUAUAUUCAUCAUAUGAGAGAUAGAAACAUACUCACUUCCAAUGGCUCUGAGCUGCUGCUGGAGAUGGACGUAUGUACAUAUGUAAAAAAGAAUAGGAAGAUGAAAAACACUGCGAUUGAUGCUGUAUUUAUUCAGAUCGACUGUGUGGUCUUCAGCAGAACUUCAUGCAUGUGUACAGUAUAUGUACAGUGUACUGUUGCACUUGUUACACAUACACACCUAAUUGGGCUGCAAUGCGGGAACUUAUUGAUUACAUUUGGGUCUAGUUCUUUCGAGUGUUUUCUGGUCAAUAUAGUCCUACUCCGCAAGUAUUCCCAAGUCAUGCAGUGCACCAUGUUUGCACAAUACAUUUACAUUUAAGUCAUUUAGCAGACGCUCUUAUCCAGAGCGACUUACAAAUUGGUGCUUUCACCUUAUGACAAUAUAUGCCCUUUUCAUUUAUUUGUAUGAGUUAAUACUUCAAUCACAUUAUAUUUAUUGAUUUAGGAUUACCAUGACUAUCUUUCUUUUGCCUUUACGAGUGGUGCAAUAUUUGCUUGGAGGUAAUUUAGCCUCUUUUGUGUUUUCUCUUUCACAGGAAAGCAAUUUACCUUUGUUAUUGAAUUACAAUGCUGUUGUAGUUUGUGUAUAUAUUCUUAACAUAAAAUACCAAAUGCAACCAACAAUCAUGGCUUUCUUUAUUUCAAAUGAAAGAAUAGCUUUAAAAAACAGAUUUAAAAAAACAUUGUAUCACAGCACCUCUACUAUUUCUAAAGAUCUAAUUUACCUGUACUGUAUAUAAGAAUAUGAAUAUGUAUGUAUAGUGUGUAAAUUAUAUUUUUGUUGUCUCUUGGUGUCUCCUAUAUAUAACUUGUUUUUUAUUUAGUGUAAUGUAUUUAAUUUAAAAUCUUAUAUUGUUCUUGUCUAUUACUGUUCUGUACUUUGUCAUGUAUUUGAGUGUUUUAUGUGGACUCCAGGAAGAGUGCAGUAGCUAAUAGGGAUCCCAAUAAACUAAACUUCCUUCAGUA